GCUUCCCACGCGUGUUGAAUCCACGUUUCUACCAUUCACACAGCAGAUUGACCCUCACAACGACAAGAUGCUGCUUCCUCCACCAGUCGGUUCGGCGCUGCCUAUCGUCAAAACGCUCGCAGAUUGCGUAGACUUCAGCAAGACAGUGACGCCCUUUGUCGACCAGCUCAUCGCGCUUCCCUCGCAGCUCGUUCAGGCAGGCGCAGACACAGAAGCCCUCAAGCAUCUGUACUUGUCCACCAACCCUCUGAUCUCAGGUUUCGCAUUUGCUCUGGCCAUUACACCCAUCUUCUUGAUCGUGUCUGAGAUCAACAAGAACUACUCGCAAGUCGAUCGCUGCUGGAGUCUGUUGCCUACUGUCUACAACCUCCACUACGAUGUUUGGGCCCGCCUCAACGGUCUACCUACGCAGAGACUCGACAAUGUCCUGGCUUUCAGUGUCUGUUGGUCUAUCCGUCUAACCUUCAACUACUGGCGCAGAGGUGGCUAUAGCAUUGGCUCGGAAGAUUAUCGAUGGGAGACAGUCCGCAGCUGGGUCAAUCGUCCACUCUUCUUCAUCUUCAACAUCCUCUUCAUUUGCAUUGCCCAGAGCGUUUUGCUCUUCACUGUCACCACUCCCACCUACGUCCUGAUGCUCGCAUCUCGCGUCUCCGGCCAGAACAUGAACACUACCGAUAUCAUCUUCGCCCGCGUUCUCAUGGCCCUUGUUCUGCUCGAGUUUUUCGCCGACGGAUCGCAAUGGAACUUCCACAAGGCCAAGCACGCUUACCAAAAGACGGCAAAGGUCCCCGCUGGUUGGACACGCGAGGACCUCGAGCCAGGCUUCAACACUACUGGUCUAUUCCGCUAUUCUAGGCACCCCAACUUCCUUGGCGAGCAGCUCAUCUGGGUCACUUUGUACCAAUGGGGUUGUGUCGAGACAUCGUCUCUCUACAACUGGACUGGUGUCGGCGCCAUGUCUUAUCUGAUCCUCUUCCAGUCCAGCACUUGGCUCACCGAGAAGUUGAGCGCCGAGAAAUAUCCCGAAUACAAGAUCUACCAGCAAAGAGUAGGAAAGUUCCUGCCCAAGCUGACUGGUCCUGGCUGGGGUGAAUACUUGGAGGCACAGAAGAAGGCUGCUAAGAAGAAGUAAAAACAAUCCUCAAACAGCGAGAUGGCUGAAAUGUAGAGACAUUCGUGUACCGAGACCAAGGCACUAUACAUAGCCUUGGCUGUCAAUCUUUCAUACACAACACCUUACGAGUUGAAGCAAAAUGAAAAGACAUGAUUCCAAUUCUAACCAUCGUCAUAUCUACUUCCUAUUUGCCCUUGACACCUUCUUGGGCCUCGGCCUUUGCCUUCUCUUUCUCCCUUCCUGCCUUCUUUUCCUCUUCCAACGCGCC